AUGGCUGGCAAAACUCAUGUUCUAGCACUCCCUUUACCAUUUCAAGGCCACAUAAAUCCCAUGCUGCAGUUUUGUAAGCGCCUGGCCUCAAGAGGGAUCAUGGUUACACUAGCCACUGUUUUCUCGGCCAACAUAUCUGUGCAAAACCAAUUCGAGUCCAUCAGGAUCGAGUUUAUUCCUGAUACUAGUGGAACUGAGGCAGCUACUAGCCUUGCAGACUUCGUGAAACGCUUCACAGCAACAAUUUCAGAUAAUUUGCCCGAAAUUGUAGAGGAAAAAGCCAGGUGUGGCGAGCCAGUCAAAGUUAUUAUGCACGAUUUGCUGCUGCCACAGGCUUUAGAGACAGUAUACAAACUAGGCAUUCCUGUGGCUGCAUUUUCCACCCAGUCUUGUGCUGUCUGUGCCAUAUACAACCAUGUUCGUCGAGGAACGCUGAAAAUUCCAUUGGAGAAGCCUAACAUUUCGCUUCCUUCAUUGCCAGUAUUGGAGUCAAAUGAUCUGCCUUCUUUUGUGUAUGAUCCAUGUGCUUACCCCGACCCUUCAGGGGUUCUCCUCGAUCAAAUUACAUUUCUUGAGAAAGCAGAUUGGAUCUUUUUCAACACUUUUGACAACCUAGAAAAGGAGGUGCUGGAAUGGACGGCAAACCAAUAUCCUAUCAAGAGUAUUGGGCCAGCUAUUCCAUCUGUGUACCUGGACAAGCGAUUGAAAGAUGACACUGAUUACAGCCUCAGUCUCUUCAAGCCAACUACAAAAUCUUGCAUAGAAUGGCUCGACUCGAAGGAAAUUAACUCAGUUGUCUAUGUUUCAUUUGGGAGCUUAUCCGACAUUGGUGAAAAUCAAAUAGCAGAAACAGCAUGGGGCCUUAUGAGAAGCGAUUACAACUUCUUGUGGGUAAUCCGAGCUUCAGAAGAGAGCAAACUCCCUAGCAAUUUCCAGUCCAAGGCACGAGAUAAAGGCUUAAUCCUGAAUUGGUGCCCUCAGCUAGAGGUUUUGUCGCACCAGGCUGUUGGAUGCUUCGUGACUCAUUGCGGUUGGAAUUCGACGUUGGAAGCAUUGAGCUUAGGAGUGCCAAUGGUGACUAUGCCUGUAUGGAUUGAUCAAACUACUAAUUCCAAAUACAUUGUGGAUGUAUGGGAUGCUGGAGUUCGAGUUAAGGCUGAUGAAAAUGGAGCUCUUCAAAGAGAAGAAGUAGAAAUGACUAUAAAAGAAGUUAUGCAUGGUGAGAAGGCUAAUAAGCUUAGAAAGAAUGCUUUAAGGUGGAAGGAAUUGGCUAUAAAGGCAAUGAGUGACGGAGGAAGCUCUGACCAAAACAUUGAGGAAUUUAAACGUGGAUUAAAAACCAGAAAGUGUGUUAGGGUCUGCCCCCGUGAAUUCGGCAAGAAUGAAUUUAAGGAUAAAUUACUAAUAACCCCUAUGAUUUGA